AUGGAUACCGAACAUGCGUUUAGUACAAAGCCUGGGCGAUGGCUUUCACAACGAGAUACCCUGGCCAAUGCCAAUAUGGAAUGGGAAGAGUUUUAUCGAGAGCAUAGGAGUAUCGUUCCUGACUUGACAGGCUCGGUCGGCCAAUUUCGCCAAACGAUGCACCAAGCCAAGAUGCGUGCACAGCAAUAUGGACGACCAAUAGUUCACGGGCUCGAGAUCCACGAAUACACUGCCGUUUCUCAGACUGGCAUCGAGGUUCCUCUUCGUUUAUAUAAGUCGCUGUCGUCAAAGGCAAAUGGAGCGGUGAUGAUAUACUUCCAUGGAGGUGGCUGGGCAAUGGGAGACUUGGACGGAGAAGAUAACACCUGUCGACUGUUGUGCGUGGAAGGUGACCUCCAUGUAGUCAGCGUUGGCUAUCGCCUUGCCCCGGAAAAUCCGUAUCCAGCGGCGGUUUUGGACUCGAUCACAGCAUUCCAUUGGGUGUCGGACAAUUACCGAACCCAUGGCUUCGAUGUGGACAAGAUUUAUGUAGGUGGAACGAGUGCUGGGGCAACUUUGGCUGUUGUACUUUGUCAGCUCACUCUGGCACUCGGUGUUUCCAUUCAGGGUCAGCUUCUUCGAGCUCCAGUUCUGUGUUGCAGCGAGCUGUAUCACCACAGGAUGGGGCUGAGGAGUAUGACCGAGUAUAUAGAUACCCCUAUCCUGAAUCGCCAGUCCAUGAAGCAAUUCUUCGAUUGGUACCAGCCUGGCGGUCUUGAACGCCCGAUAAUCUCCCCGUUAUUGUCACCCAUGCUUGAUAAGUCUCCUCCGUCGUUCCUUAUGAUCUGUGGCCAGGACCCGCUUCGCGAUGAAGCCCUGGCCUAUGCAGACAGGAUCGAAAAAGCCUGCGUUCCAUUGCGGGUCGCCUUAUACCCGGGGAUGCCACACGCAUUCUGGAUAUUCCCUGAACUCUCGACGACGAAGGCUGCCACACAGGACUUGAUUAGCGGACUUAGAUGGCUUCUUUCUCAUUCAAAGAGCACCAACUAAAAUGUUGGUAUCGGUGAUUUCAACAAUCGAUGCGGCACACGCGAGGUGGUAAUUCAUAGGCGGUUUGAAGGUUACUGGGAGGUAGUGCGGGAAGAGAUCAGCUGGCCUGUAAUCCUGUAUUGAAGUGAAUGCCUUCUUUGCCGGGCCGUCUAUCAGAGUGUUUUUUCGCUGGCCCUUUUCUUGCUUCUCUUUUCUUUUUUUUACCCAAUAGAGAAAUUCUACCUAGUGUCCUGUAUUCUGCAGGACCAUAUUAUUCAUCUCUGGCAAAUUCUUUUUUCUUUGUGGUUUGCCCUUGAAUUGG